AUGGCUCAGACUGAGCAGAAGACUGUUGGACUCGCCGCGUUCCAGGCAGAGGGCCUGACCGAGGUCGACCCUUACCUGCUGGCAGAAGGAUUCCAGCUCAUCGGGGCUGAGAAGCAGGCACACUUUAGACAAGCUUUCCGACAACACUGGAGGGCAGUGCUAUGGUCGAUGGGGUUGUCCGUAGCCCUGAUUAUGGAUGGAUACGAUGGUGCCGUGUCUAACGCAUACUUUGGUCUUCCCUCCUUUCUCGACUACUUUGGCCACGACGCUCUGGUCAAAGGGAAAAUCGUGAAGAAAAUCGAUGUCAAUUGGCAAACUGGUCUUCAGCUGUGUGGUCUCCCCGGUGGUUUCCUUGGUCUCUACAUUUGUGGAUGGGCACAAGAGCGAUACGGUAGUCGAAAGACUUACAUGGGUGGAAUGGCUUUCGCUUUCUGCUGUGUGCCACUCUUCGCCUUUGCCCAAAACUUGCCAAUGCUCCUCGUUGCUGAGGCUGUCAGUGCUAUUGCAUGGGGAAUCUUCAACACUCUCUCCGCUUCUUAUGCCGCCGAGGUCUGUCCGAUCCAGCUCCGAGGAUACGCCAUGGGUUUCAUCUCUUUCUGCUGGGGUUCAGGAUCUUUCAUUGCCUCUGGUGUGAACCGAGCUGCGCUCGAUGUUCAAUCCCAAUGGGGAUGGCGAAUGGGCUACUGCGUACAGUGGCUCUGGCCAUGCCUUCUCCUUCCUCUCGCCUACUUUGCACCCGAAUCCCCAUACUGGCUCGUCCGACAAGGCAGAGUCGACGAAGCAAAGCAAGUGCUCACUCGCGUUGCUCGACCUGGCUACUGGGACUCUCGAAACAUUGACGCAUAUGUGGCUGUCAUCAAGCACACGGACGACAUUGAGCGAACCGAGGCGAAAUCAUCGAGCUUCUGGGAGAUGUGGAGAGGAACCAACAGGCGACGAACAUUGAUCGUCAUGGGCGUGUUUGGCUGUGUGCCCGUUUUCUCCGGUACAGCCAUGACAGCUUACGCAGUACAAUUCUUUGAGGCUGCGGGAAUGAAGACCAAAACCGCUUUCAACUUCAAUCUUGGGAUUGCUUCGCUCAACUUGGUUGGGUGUUUCCUCGAAUUCUUCAUCAUCAGACGACUUGGACGUCGACCUUUGAUGAUCGCCGGACUCGUGAUCCUCGGCCUCAUGCUUCUCCUCAUUGGAAUCUUUGGUUGUAUUCCAGAAACCAAAGCCACGAGGAACGGUAUCGGAGCUUGCUGCGCAGUGAUCAACCUCGUUUACCACGCAUCUGUCGGACCUUUGACCUACACGUUUGCUCCUGAGAUCCCUGCGACCAUGUUGAGGGUACGAACUGUCGCUUGGGGACGUGCGUUCUACAACAUUGUCUACAAUGCCACUGCUCAAUUGACCCCUCGAAUGGUAUCCGAUACAGCAUGGAACUGGGGUCCCAAAGCCGCCUUCUUCUGGUUGGCCUUCAACGUCACUGUCACCAUUUGGUGUUACUUCUGUCUCCCUGAGACCCGCAACCUGUCUUAUGCGGAACUUGACAUCUUGUUCGGAAACAAGAUCUCCGCUAGGAAGUUUUCACACGUCAGAGUUCAGGACGAGGCCGCUGCAGGAGAUGGAAAAUUCGUUCCUACCGAAAUCGAAUACGCCGAUGGUGACCAGAAGAAUGCCGAGCAACUCGACGAAAAGGCGAGACCAACAUACGAGCUCUCAUAG